AUGGCGCCUCUAACUCGUUCGGCCGCUGGGGCCUCGAUAUUCACACCGGUUCCCCAGCCGCAUAGACAACCCGAGGUCAUCAAUAUUGACGAUGAUUCGCAACAAUCUUUCGACGAAGAUGAAGGAUUGGAUGAUGAGGAACAAAUCUCGGAAGAUCAAUCGGAAGAUCAGUCAGAGGACCAAUCUGAAGACCAAUCGGAAGAUCAAUCAGAAGAUCAAGAUGAGGACGAAGAUAUGGAUGGCGAGUCCGUAUCGGAGACUGGGUCCGAUGAAUCUGAUCCCGAGCACUCUAUGCACUCUACCUUUGGGAUCUCGGCCAAAUCUCAAGACACCCCGCUAUUCACCGCCGCAGGCGCCCAGGAAGCGCUGCAUCCUCUUCGCCGGACGGCUGAUCGCGUCACACGCCAGAUCGAAGCUUUCGCCGAUAAAUUAGAUCAGUUCAAGCGCAACAAUUCAACCGACGAGUUUAGCAGCGCCCAGGCAGCUUACAAGCUCGUGCAGAGCUACCGCGACCUUGCGAACAAUGCGAUCAAGGAAAUCGAGACGCAACAGACCAUUGACCGGACAAAGGCGGGCCUCCGGUCGAGCGGAUCACAAGACACCAAAAGUUACGAGGUGAUACGACGAUUGCAACUAGAGGCCGACACGUGGCGCCUCCUGCUCAACCUGAUCAGUAUUGAUGACCCCUCCAGUCGGGCCAGUUACAAAGUAGGACGACAGACAGCUUUCCAGAACCUACAUCGGUACUCAAGCGAUCGUGAGAUCUGGGAAGAGUUCCUCAAUGCCGACCAAUAUGGCCUUGAAUGCGUGGUUGCCAUGAAAUGGUUGGAGGAGACAUCCAAGACAGCAAGCCAAGAAUUCGAUACACUGAUCACGGAGAUGGAGGGACAAGCGCAAAGGAGUCAAGGAUCGCACACAAACACUUGGCUGUUUACCAAGGAAGCGAUCAAGGGCCACAAACGUUUGCGCGCCUGGCCACAGCCUCUCGAGCCCAAUGACCCGGGAAUCUCACGCUCGCUUUUGAGCGAGGAUGAUCAGAAACCGCUAAUCACUCAACUCGAUCCCGAUGCCCUCACUCGCCAGAAGCACGUGUUACAAGUACAGGAUGAAUUCUUCGAGCGCGCCACUUGGAUAACUUGCUGGAAGAUGCUCAGACAAGGCGAGAACUGGACCAAGAUUCGUGAAUGGGCAGAGACCCGCCUGGAAGGAUGGAGGGCCGUUAGCUUGUGUGGCUCUAGUGUGGAUCCCAAGUCGGGAAGUUCUCGAUACCCAUCUGACGAUGGUCACACACGUUUGAUGAACAGUCGAUCCCACGAUUCAUGGCGCACCGCCUGUUCUGCGUUAACGCGCGACCCUAAUACCGAUGAAUUCCAGCGAGCGGUCUACGCUCUGCUCUCUGGUGAAACCGAUGCUGCAGCCAGUGUCUGCCGCAGCUGGGACGACUUCCUUUACGUGUACUUCAACCGUGUCGUGCUCUCACGCUAUCAGGGAUUCUGCAAGCAAUUCCAGCGGAAACUCAGCCACUCCCCCAACACCGCUGUGGCAUUCGUGCCAGAAUCAGCUGGGCACGCAGAACUACAAAAGUUCCUUGUCUAUCUCAAGGGCAACGAUCGUGUCAACGGCGAAGCGCGUAAUCCGUUCCGCAAUAUCCAAGCCACGAUUCUCAGCAAAGGCUACGAUUCAUUCUUCACUUCGCUAGCCCAGGCUGUAUCUCAAGUUAGUGCGGAUAAAUAUGGGAAGGACUCUGUUAUUCCAGACAUCGGGCGCAAGCCCGUAGAUGAAUCUUUCCUCAUCGCUGCCGAUGACGAAGAAGCUCUCAGAAUUGCAGCUCACGUUUACGUUGUGGCCAGUGCGAGGGGCUACGCUCGCCUGGAUGCCCAUUUCGUUGAAACAGCGUCAGUCAUCCUGGCUGGACAUGUUGCCAACCUGGAAGACAGGGGUCUAUUCGAUCUUGUCCCACUCUACGUCUCUCUCCUGCCUGAGGCAAUGGGACACGAAGUUCUAUCCAAGAUUCUUAUUGAAAUUGUCGAUCCACAAGAGAAGGUUCGGCAAGUUAAGCUCGCGCGGAAACAUAAUAUUGACAUGGAAACUGUUCUUGAUGUUCAAUGGGCGUGGGUGAAGGAGAAUGUCUCUGCGAUUGACCACUCUAGAGGAGUUACUGGUUAUUCGAGAGUUUUGCGACGACCUGACGGUUCCCGAGCAUUGGUGUCACCCAAGACCGACUUGAUCGGGACCACCGUCGCUCCGGAAGACGACAAGAUGAUUCGCAGUCUGGAGUGGCUUCGCUACAUAGAUGGGCAGUGGGAUAAGAUUUGCGAUCUGGGAUCCUGGCUGUAUCGCAAGUUCUUCCUUGCUGAUAAGCUUGCCGCUGCUCGCGAGUUGGCCUUCCGUCUUCGGUUGGCUGAGAUCUCAAUUGAACAAUUCGGCUCCGAUAUCAUCUCCAUGCCUCCGCAGGAAGCGGGACAUACCCAGGCAACGACUCCAACUAGCCCCACCAAAUCCAAGAGAAACAGCCUCCACCGACGAAGCCUGUCCGGCUCCAACAAUGUUGCACUACUUUCAGCAUACUAUCGGGCCCGAAGGGUUCUAGAUCUAGAGGCUUUGGCUCUCGGGUUUGAUGGUGUGGAGCAAUUUGCAUUGGUGCACGAGCAGAUGUCCAAGACCAAACGUCGACGCGAUUCGGGCACCUUGAAGGGCAUGGGUCAAGACAUGAACGAAUACAUUGCUAUUUUAGAAGAAUCGCUUGGCGAAGUGGUCGCUGAAGAUUGGCUACUCACUUCCGCCGAUGCCGAAGAAGAAGAGGACUUCGAAUACAUUCGGACGACCUACGUUCCAGAGCUGGUUCUUGACUACCACAACGCCUUGUACUACGCCAGCCACACCCUUGAUCGACACGAUCUAUUGACAUCCUGCAUGAUUGUAUCUUUCUGGGUUGCAAACUACGAGCAUGUCACUCGCGCUUUCACAAAGUCACGACGCAUGGCCGAGGUUGUUGAUGUGCUCGCUUUGUCAAGCAAGGCGUUGGUCAUCCGGGACUCCACCAAGCACAAGUCCUCAGACCACAACAACUUCCACAAGGGCCAGGAACUGAAGAUCUGGGAUGUCACGAUCUCUGAAGAAGAAAAGAAGAGGCUUGGGAUCGUAUCGGACCUAGACCUGGGGCAGUAG